AUGCUGUGCUCUCAUAGACUUCAGUCUAGCCCCAGUACAUUCAUGGACUUCUACUGGCCUGUACGUCGCCUGUGGCCAGCGGUCAGACCUCUGAUCUACCAGCAGGACCUACUGCAGAGAAACCUACAGGAGCUCCUGCACAGUCUGGAACUGAUGGACAAACUUCAACACAACAUCCUGGAGGAGACGGAGUCUUUACAAAGUGAUGUGGCUGUGAAACCUGUCUCCUACCAGGUGGAGAAAGAGGGAGAGCUUAUUGGCCUGACUCUGGACACUCAAGACUUCUCUCCAGAGGAGCUGUCUGUCAGACAAGUGGGCAGGAGGCUGAGAAUCAGCGGCAGGACAGAGAAGAAGCAGGAGGACCAGAAAGGCUGCUCCUCCUGCACACACCAGGAGUUCAGACGGGAGUUUGAUCUGCCUGAAGACCUGAACCCUGAAGCUGUCAGCUGCUACCUGGAUCCAGAAGGGAGGCUCCACAUCCAGGCAGCCAGAGCUCCAUGUAUAGAAGAGGCUGAGAGAGAGCUGACCAUCACGAAGAGACCGGAGGAGAAAACACAGCAGAGUGUGUGUCCACACACAGGAGACGACAUCAGCACAGAGACACACAACAGCUCACAGACCUGUGCUGAAAACAUGGACUCAUGCUAA